AUGCCCUCCCUUGCCCCUUACCUCUUGCCCCAUACCCCUUGCCCUUGCGCUCCUACCCAUACCGCAGCCCCUAGUCAUUACCCUGCUCGUGUGAGCGACCUCGUGCUUCAUACCCUCCCCUACUUGUUGCCCUUUACCUACAGCCCUUGUGUCUCGCCCCUUACCCAUACCCCUUAUGCACGCCCCUUACCCAUACCCCUUAUGCAUGCCCCGUACCCAUACCCCUUAUGCAUGCCCCUUACCCAUACCCCUUAUGCAUGCCCCUUACCCAUACCCCUUAUGCAUGCCCCGUACUCAUACCCCUUAUGCAUGCCCCUUACCCAUACUCCUUAUGCAUGCCCCUUACCCAUACCCCUUAUGCAUGCCCCGUACCCAUACCCUUAUGCAUGCCCGUACCCAUACCCCUUAUGCAUGCCCCUUACCCAUACCCCUUAUGCAUGCCCCGUACCCAUACCCCUUAUGCAUGCCCCUACCCAUACCCCUUAUGCAUGCCCCGUACCCAUACCCCUUAUGCAUGCCCCGUACCCAUACCCCUUAUGCAAGCCCCUUACCCAUACCCCUUAUGCAAGCCCCUUACCCAUACCCCUUAUGCAUGCCCCGUACCCAUACCCCUUAUGCAUGCCCCGUACCCAUACCCUUAUGCAAGCCCCUUACCCAUACCCCUUAUGCAUGCCCCGUACCCAUACCCCAGGCCCUAACUGCCAUUCCCGUGUGUGUGAUCCCGUACCCUCCCUUACUCCUUACCAGAACCCCUGA